GGGUCUUUUUUGUAGGACUGGAAUGCCCUUCUUCUCCCUCCUGAUACCCUGAGAUGCCUGGUUACCUCCCUUUCCUUCUUCUGCUGUUACUACUCCUGAGGUGGCCCCUCUCCUCAGGACCCGUGUGCUCCCCCAUCUGCUUGACGUCUGUUGCUGAAUACUCUCCCACCUGCUCUAUGGUGCUACUGCAGGGUCAUCUGAUUUGAGUGUGGCUGAGAAGACUGAGCUACAGGCCAUCAAGAAUCAUAAGAAAGAGCUACUGGAGGACAUCCAGAGGUUAAAAGAUGAAAUUGCUGAAGUAUUUGAAGAAAUCGAUCGUUUUCAGCAAGCACAAACAAGCAAAAUGAUCCAGAGGGACAAAGAUCUAUGCAUUGGACGGAAGAAAUUUAACAUGGAUCCUACUAAGGGUAUUCAGUAUUUAACUGAGCACAAGGUGCUGUCUUCAAAUGUGCAAGAAAUUGCCAAAUUUCUUUACAAAGGAGAAGGGCUGAAUAAAACAGCCAUUGGAGAUUACCUGGGACAAAGAGAUCCAAUGAACCUACAGAUUCUGCAGGCCUUUGUAGAAUGCCACCAAUUUGCUAAUCUCAACCUUGUGCAAGCACUAAGGCAGUUCCUGUGGAGUUUCCGUUUGCCUGGUGAAGCACAAAAGAUUGACCGUAUGAUGGAGGCCUUUGCCAGCUGGUAUUGCCAGUGCAAUCCUGGUGUAUUCCAGUCAACAGAUACCUGCUAUAUUCUCUCUUUCUCAAUCAUAAUGUUGAACACCAGUCUACACAAUCCCAAUGUCAAAGAGAAGCCCCCCUUUGAGAGGUUUGUGUCCAUGAACAGAGGCAUCAAUAAUGGAGGAGACAUUCCCGAACACCUCCUGAGGAGUCUAUUUGAUAGCAUCAAGAAUGAACCAUUCUCCAUCCCAGAAGAUGAUGGAAAUGAUCUCACCCACACUUUCUUCAACCCGAGUCGGGAAGGCUGGCUUCUGAAGCUAGGAGGCAGAGUGAAGACCUGGAAACGCCGUUGGUUUAUUCUCACAGAUAACUGCCUCUACUAUUUUGAAUAUACCACGGACAAAGAACCUCUGGGGAUUAUUCCACUGGAAAAUCUAUCUGUUCGGGAAGCAAAUGACCCAAAGAAACCAAACUGUUUUGAGCUCUUCAAUGCAAACUGCAAAGGACAGAAGAUCAAAGCCUGCAAGACUGAUGGGGAUGGGAAGGUGGUGGAAGGCAAGCACCAAUCAUACAAGAUUUCUGCAGCCUCACCAGAAGAACGUGGUCAAUGGAUUGAAGCCAUACGAACCAGCAUCACUCAAGACCCCUUUUAUGAUCUGGUUGCAGCACGUAAGAAAAAGAUUGCCAGCAAAAAAUGAGCUACUUUGGCUACAGUCUUUUGAAGCACUGCAAGGAAGUGGACAUUGUGGAGUCACUAAAAAGAACUCAGAGCACCCACCUACAUCCUGUUUGAACAACAGGAACUAACAGACACCAACUUCCUGCCUUUCCAAUGACUGACAGCGUAAUGAAAUGCCACUUCCAGAGCCAGAAUCUGAAGAAACUGAGACCAGUGCAGGAAUUAUGACUCAUUUCCCUAUACCAGUCACGAGCAACAUUUGCCAUCUAUAAGGCAAUGGAUGGGAUGCUUUCAUAAAUCAGUUAGUGACCUGGGCUAGAAAACCCAUGAAGGGAGCCAUCUUCCCCUAAAAUGGCCAUCUCUUUUGUACAUUUAAAGCAGGAAAGAUUUGCAUACAUGGACUCUUAUCCUGUCUGAUCUGUUGUCCCAGGGUAUCUGAAAUAACUAUGUAGUCUAACUUAAAUAGUACAUAAUGAAUUAAUUCAUUUGGAAGAUCAAAAUGAGGAACAAAGGCCACCAGCUGAAUGGCAGUGAAACAAUAUAAUGUAUGGCAGACUUGCCAAUGGAAACACUUAUAUAUAUUUGGCAUUCUGAGCUUGGCGCAUCAGUUCUUUGAACCCCUGAAAUGAUGCCAAGACUACCAUAACACUGGCUCACAGGACAGAAACUUCCAGCCAAGAUCUGGCUCUGUAAGUACCAUGCAGGGAAUGAGUCUACAUUUCUACAGUUCCUACAUUUUUUUCUACCUGGCUGCUCAGACAAUGAUGGAGGAGACUGAAAAGCAUAAGAAUAGCUUGUGUACAUCAUUCUUACUUUGCAAGAGUCACAGGUUCACCAGACAGAGACCCAGGUUCUGUAAUGAUCAGACUUUAGAUUAAAUUUUUGGACUGAGACUCAUAGAAUUUGUCAGAAAAUGACCAAGUUGGCUGGAGAAUUCUGGGAGUUGCAGUCUGAGGUCCAUUGGGAGACAUGCAUUCACAUUCUAUUUCAGCCACAAAUGUGGUGUCACACACAUUACUCCCUUUCACACUCCACUUUCUCAUGUAAAAAUGGAUAUAUGAAUACUUGUUUCAUUGUUUAUUUUGAAAAUGAACUGGACUGUUGUGAGAAGGAUAACUGCUCAAUAAAGCUAGGGAUGGGAGACAUCAGGCUUGCAGAAUCGGCAUACUUUUUUUUUCUUUAUAGAAUCAAGGAUCAGUUUGUCUUUGAGCAUGUGCUCAGCCCAGAAGUAGUCACUGAUGCCAUUCCCAAAAGUUCACAUAAAUCCUUCUGGCUUUCUCCACCCCAGUAUUCUUAAUGUGAUUUAGAUAAAUAAAACACUUUUUAAGUUGUUGAUAUUGUUAGGCUCUGGGGAGUCAGAAGUCCUUACCAAUUUAACUGAAAAUCAUCACCAGUAAUUCCCAAACUACCUUUUCCCCAUCCCUAGUGUCAAGCACUUUGUAAAGCAAAAAUGAUAUUUAAAUGAUAAAUAAAAAGUUGUUGUUUGUUAAAAUGUCAGUAGAUUGAAAAUGUUGAAUGUGCAUGGAAAAAGAGAGAGAGAAAGAGAAUAAGGGUGUUUCUGCCCAGCACCACAUCAAACAAUGGAGGAAUGCCAAUUUUUCUUUCUAAAUAAAAUCAUAGGGGGGAAACCCCAUUUUGGUACACUUUCUGUUUUGUUUUGUUUUGUUUUAUCAGUACCGAACA